CCGAGGAGUUGGUCCCACUUGGACAUUUCCAGUCUGCAUGCCUCCAUCAAACGCCAUGAAUCGACUCAGCCUUCAGAGACUUUUCUCUGCUUGUGACGUCAACAAGUCCGGCAGGAUCGAGUACGAGGACUUCACGGUUGUCUGCAGGGAGCUCAACGUCCCGGAGACGGAGACCAGAACUCUGUUCGACAAGUUCGGCGCGCGCGAGGACGGUUUCAUCGACUACGACAGGUUUUCCUCCAGGUUCCUGGAGGUCUCAGAGACUCUGGACCUGGCGUCCUUUGGCGCCGGGACGUCCCAAACCCGCGGGGGAGACUUCGUGGACCGGAUAGAUGCGGACUUUCUCCUUUCUGAGGGUCUUAGGGAGCAGCUGGCGGAUCUUUACCAGGCCAUUCACUCCUCUGCAAACAUGACUUUCCUGCAGACGUACGAGGACGUCGUCCACUCUCUUGUCAGUAAAAGCCUAGAAAACAAACUAGAAUGUGAACAAAUGGAGACCAAUCUAAAGCGAGCUGAGGAGAUGAAUAACAGUCAGCUGGCAGAGUUGGAGGAAGAUAUUCAGCAACAGCUGGCAAGAACAGAGGAACGGGUCAGGAACGAGGAGCGGAAAAAAAUGGAAGGAGUCAUGGCAACCAUGCAGAGGAAGCACAAAGAUGAGGUUGCAGACCUGCAUGCCACAGUUGACCGGCUGCUAAAGGAUCAAGAGAGUUCUGAGUUGAACCAGUCGAAGGAGGAGGUGAUCAAACUGAACAGACAAAUCUGUGAUCUCCUGCAGGAAAACGAGCAGCUGCGAGGCUCUCUGCUGAAAGCGGAGACGGACAUCGCCGUCCUCCUCUCUGAGCUGGACAAGCUGAAGAACAUGCAUGAAGAUCAAAAAGCUCAACACGAAAGAGAAACAGAAGACUUGAAGAGGACGGUCGAGGAAUACCAGUCGUACUCCAGUCAGAUUCAGAUGCUACAGGAGCUGAAUAAGAAGCUGUACGACAGUAACGACGGCCUGCGCUCCGCUUUAGCCAGUCAAGUGGUUGCAGCUAAAAGAAGAUUGUCUCCCCAGAAUGAAAUCCCCGCCCGAAGAAUGAAACCGCUCCGACAGAGCACACUCAACCACGGCAGCUCGGAGCAGAACCCCUCGCUCUCUCGAGUGGCCACCUGGGCCGAUCGGUACCUGGACAGCGGGGUCUCCCUGCCGACGUACACGGCCGAGAGCGACUACGACAGCGACGACAGCCGGAGCUCUGUGGAGACCGUGCACCACAGCUACUCGUACAUCCCGUCUGAUGUAGAGAUCUCCGAGGUGAAAUCUGAAGCUGCGGUGUCGGUGGCUCCCAGCAGAGGCAGCUCUGCAGCUUCAUCCCUGCGAAGACGCCUGUCUGCCUUUCCCCCAAAGCCGUUUGAGGAGGGCGUUGCAAAGGAUAUCGACUCUGCCCCGAUGUACCGUGUGGUUUUGGCCGGAGAUGCAGGAGCUGGAAAGUCCAGCUUCCUGUUGCGUCUGACACUCAGCGAGUUCAGAGGAGACAUUCAGACAACGCUGGGCGUUGAUUUCCAGAUGAAGAGGAUGUUGGUGGACGGAGAGGCGACCAGUCUGCAGAUAUGGGACACAGCUGGUCAGGAGAGGUUCCGCAGCAUUGCCAGGUCAUAUUUUCGUAAAGCUCACGGAGUCCUGCUGCUCUACGACGUUACCUCUGAGAGCAGCUUCCUGAACGUCAGGGCGUGGGUGGAUCAGAUCCAGGAAUCCACCGAUGAGAAACUGGCCCUGUGUGUUAUUGGAAACAAGGUGGACCUCCGGGAGCAGCUUCCAGCAGGAAGCUGUGUCAGCACUGCGCACGGAGAAAAGCUGGCCAAGGCGUACGGUGCCUUGUUCUGUGAAACCAGUGCCAAAGACGGAACCAACAUAACCGAGGCCGUGCUUCAUCUGGCAAGAGAAGUAAAGAAAAACUGCAGUCUGAGGCGGCGGUCGGUCUCUCGGGUCAGACUCGGUCAAAGCAACCCAAAGAAGACUUUGAACAGUUGUUGUGGACGGUAA